UCACAUGACCCAUAACUCUACUCCAGACUCAUCACCAAUCCUCUCACCUUAUCUUCUUCAUCUCUCCUAACCUCCUUACAAGCCCCAUUCCCCUUCUCAUCAUUUCCACCCUCCCAAAUAUCCACAUACACUAAGCCUAAGGAAGAAUAAUUCCAUGAGCUCCAAUAGGCUAAGUGAGAUAAUUAUGAGUAAAUGGCAAAGGUUGGCAGCCAAGGGAGGGAGGAAGUGGAGCAAGGGGCACUUUGUGGUGUAUGCCAAGGGGGGGAAGAGGUAUGUUGUCCCUCUGAAGUAUUUGGACCACCCCAUUUUUCAAGUGCUGCUGGAGAUGGCAGAGGAGGAGUUUGGAACUACAAGCCAUGGGCCUCUUAGGGUGCCAUGUGAAGAGGAGCUGAUGGAGCACAUUGUCUUUCUGCUGAAGACCAACCCUGCUGAGGAUGUGGAGAAGGCCUUGGUUUCCAUCACCUCCUUUAGGGGACCUUCCUUUUCUUCUCUUUUUCCUCUUUGCCAUUCCCAGAACAAUAGGCAUAAUAUAGUCUUGUAAAAUUAGAUAACUUGGUUGUUCUCAGAAGCCUACUUUAGCUGUGGCUUUGGCUGGUGAAGUGUUUUGAGCCUUUCUCCAUGGGAAUCUUCUACUACUAGUGGAGUCAUAUGUAAAUACCAAACUGUUCUGUCCAUAUAGUUGUAUGCUUUGCCAGUGUAGAUAUGUCCUCUUCAUCAAUUCAUAGAGGUUUCUAUUGGAACAGAGAUUGCAAUUUACACAGCUUUGUUUCCAAACAUAUGAACAUAUUUUUCAUGUU